ACAGGAUCAGGUUUAAUCGUCGCUUUGUCUUAAACGAAGCUAUGGAGGAAGCAGCAGCAACAGUGAAAUCGAUCUUCCUAUAUCCAAUCAAAUCUUGCAGGGGUAUCUCUGUUUCAGAAGCACCCGUUUCUUCCACCGGUUUUAUCUGGGAUAGACAGUGGGUUGUUGUGAACUCAAAAGGAAGAGCUUGUACACAAAGAGUGGAUCCAAAGUUAUGUCUGGUUGAAGUAGAGCUACCUGAGGGUGCAGUUUCAGUGGGUUGGAUCCCAAACAAGACCUCCUACUUAGUGAUAAGAGCUCCUGGGAUGGAUGAUCUGAAGGUGCCAUUGUGUAGACCUCCUCAAAGUCAAACAUGUGAUGGUGUGUCAGUUUGGGAGUGGUCAGGAUCUGGUUUGGAUGAGGGAGAUGAAGCAUCCAAAUGGUUCACCAAUUAUCUUGGCAAACCUAGUCGCCUUGUACGCUUUAAUCAAGAAUUGGAGACUAGAGUGGUGGACCCCGAUUAUGCACCUGGAUUCAGAGUUAUGUUUUCUGAUGGAUAUCCGUACCUUGUAGUGUCCCAGGGAUCUCUAGAUUCAUUGAAUGAUGUUCUCAAGGAACCUGUACCCAUAAACCGUUUUAGACCAAACAUUCUGGUUGAUGGUUGUGAACCGUUCUCUGAGGACUUUUGGAAAGAGAUUAAGAUAAAAUAUUUAACAUUUCAUGGUGUCAAACUUUGUUCGCGAUGUAAGAUACCCACAAUUAAUCAGGAUAAUGCAGUUGUGGGUGCUGAGCCGACUGAAUCUCUUGUAAAGUUUCGGUCUGGGAAAGUCUUGUGUCCAGAUCGAAAGGGGCAAGGGAAGGUGUACUUUGGACAAAAUAUGGUAUGUGCCAAUGUACAUGAAGAGGGAAAUGAAAAGAUAAUUAAAGUGGGAGAUCGGGUGUAUAUCAUCAAGAUGUUAUCAUCGUAUGAUGGUACAUCAACUUAAACUCUGGCCUCAUAACAAAAACAAUGUCAGAGUUUCCGUUCCAAUGUGUAUUGGGUAAUUUUUGUUAUAUUAGCC